AUGUCCUGCUACAACCAGUGCCUGCCAUGCCUGCCAUGUGGACCCUGUGGCCCGACCCCGCUGGCCAACAGCUGCAAUGAGCCCUGUGUCCAGCAGUGCCAGGACUCCAACGUCUUCAUCCAGCCCUCUCCUGUGGUGGUGACCCUGCCCGGCCCCAUCCUCAGCUCCUUCCCGCAGAACACCGCCGUGGGAUCCUCCACUUCUGCUGCUGUUGGCAGCAUCCUCAGCUCUCAGGGAGUGCCCAUCUCCUCUGGGGGCUUUGGCCUCUCUGGCUUUGGCAGCCGCUACUGCGGCAGGAGGUGCUUCCCGUGCUAA